UAAUUUCAGUUGUUCACUGUCUGCCAAACUGAUCAAACCGAAAGUUUUUCAACUAAUCUUGCAAGUUUAAAAUUGAAGGAACUUAAUAACUUAAGCCAAUAUGCUGAAACAAGUGAUCGGUCUUCUUCUCAUUGCCUUGUGUAUGAUGCACAGUGCCUCGGCCAUCAAGUGCUAUCAGUGCAAAUCCCUGACGGAUCCCAACUGCGCCAAGGACAAGAUCGAUGCCGCCUCCAACAUCCGCACCGUGGAUUGCGAUACUGUGCCGAAACCGAACAUUAUGGACCAACUGCAGCCAGUGACCAGGUGCAACAAGGUGGUGACCAGCGACCGUGCUGGAACGAUUGUAUCUCGGGACUGCCACUUUGAGUCCAUUGGGCAGAAGGAGAAUGAGUGCACUGUGACCCACAGUCGGCAGGUGGAGAGCUGCUACACCUGCAAAGGUGACCUGUGCAAUGCCUCCGGAGCAGGACGAUUCUUGGCUGUCAGUGCGACGGCUCUUCUGGCAAUCCUCGCCGUCCAUAUGAGCUUGUGAGGCGGUUCCAAAACUGAUCCAGGAAUUUAUAAUAUAAAUGUGGAUAACGUACCUGUACAAAAAAAUAAAAAUUGUUAA